GGUGCGGCAGCCCGGGCCGGACUCCACUGCGCCUCUGAGGGGCUCAAACACACAUUCAAGAUCUGUGGCCACUUGUUCACAUGGUUUCGAGGCACAAUGAGGCAUGCUGGCUCUUGGAAACUCUGGCUCUGGGUGGCACUGCUUCUGCUUCCGGCUUCCAUUUCCGUGACUGUCAGGGACAAGUCAGAAAGACAGUGUCCUUUACUGAGAACAGAGGGACAUCAGUUUACCCAGGACAACAGAGAUAAGCUUGAAGUUUCAGGUUUUGACCUAGGAGAGAGCUUUUCUCUGAGACGUGCAUUUUGUGAAGGUGAUAAAACCUGUUUCAAAUUGGGAAGUGCAUUUCUUAUUAGAGAUACCAUUAAGAUAUUUCCCAAAGGCCUUCCUGAUGAGUAUGCCAUAGCAGCUAUGUUUCGAGUACGAAGAAGCACCAAAAAGGAACGGUGGUUCCUGUGGCAGGUUUUAAACCAACAGAAUAUACCACAGGUUUCUAUAGUAGUUGAUGGUGGAAAGAAGGUGGUGGAAUUUACGUUCCGAGCUCCUGAGGGAGAUGUGUUGAACUACAUUUUUAAAAAUCGAGAACUCCGUCCUUUGUUUGAUCGUCAAUGGCAUAAACUUGGCAUUGGUUUACAAUCCCGGGGCAUUUCACUCUAUAUGGAUUGUAAUUUAAUUGCAAGCCGGCAUAUAGAUGAAAAGGACACUGUGGACCUUCGUGGAAGGACUGUUAUUGCUGCACGAGCUUCCGAUGGCAAGCCUGUGGACAUUGAACUUCACCAAUUUAAAAUCUACUGUAACUCAAACUUCCUAGCUCAAGAAACAUGUUGCGAAAUAUCAGAUACUAAGUGUCCAGAGCAGAAUGGCCAUGGAAGUUCUGCAUCAUCACUGUUACCUGCUCACGCCAGUAAAAUGUCUGCCUAUCUCCCAGCAAAGCAGGAACUUCAAGACCAGUGCCAGUGCAUUCCAAACAAGGGAGAAGCAGGAUUGCCAGGAACUCCAGGCUCACCUGGUCAGAAAGGGGAUAAAGGAGAACAGGGUGAACGAGGAGAAAAAGGAGAUCCAGGCCUGGCUGGCAUUAAUGGACAAAAUGGUUUGAAAGGUGACUUGGGUCCUCGUGGUCCACCUGGCCCAAAAGGAGAAAAGGGAGAUACCGGACCUCCAGGACCACCAGCCUUAACUAGUUCCCUGGGGAUACAGGGCCCACAGGGUCCACCUGGAAAAGAAGGUCAGAGGGGAAGACGAGGAAAAACAGGUCCUCCAGGAAAACCAGGCCCCCCAGGACCACCUGGACCUCCUGGAAUACAAGGAGUACAACAGACUCUUGGAUAUUAUAAUAAGGGAAACCUUGGUGAAUAUGGAGUUCAUGGCCCAAAAGGAGAGAAGGGUGAAACUGGACAACCAGGAUUCCCAGGGUCCAUUGGCCCUAAAGGUCAAAAAGGAGAAUCGGGAGAACCUCUUACUAAAGGUGAAAAGGGAGAUAGAGGAGAACCUGGGCUAAUGGGAUCACAGGGAAUAAAGGGUGAACCUGGAGAUCCUGGUCCCCCCGGUUUAAUAGGAAGCCCAGGACUAAAGGGUCAACAAGGACCUGCAGGCUCUAUGGGACCUAGAGGACCACCAGGAGAUAUUGGAUUGCCAGGAGAACAUGGUAUCCCGGGAAAACAAGGCAUUAAAGGAGAAAAGGGAUCUCCAGGUGGGACUGUAGGCCCUCCUGGGCUUCCUGGUCCAAAAGGUGAGGCUGGUCCUCCAGGGAAAAGCCUGCCAGGGGAACCGGGAUUAGAUGGAAAUCCUGGAGCACCUGGUCCUCGUGGGCCAAAGGGCGAGCGAGGACUGCCGGGCGUCCACGGUUCCCCAGGUGACAGAGGCCCACCGGGGGUGGGAGUUCCUGGCCGAACAGGCUCCCAAGGACCCACUGGAGAGCCGGGUAUUCAGGGUCCUCGAGGUCUCCCUGGAUUGCCAGGGACUCCAGGGACCCCAGGGAAUGAUGGAGCUCCAGGGAGGGAUGGAAAGCCAGGUCUGCCAGGCCCCCCAGGUGACCCGAUUGCACUUCCUCUCUUGGGAGACAUCGGUGUCUUGCUUAAGAACUUCUGCGGCCACUGCCAUGCCAGUGUCCCUGGGCUAAAAAGCAACAAAGGAGAAGAAGCUGGUGCUGGUGAGCCUGGAAAGUAUGAUUCUAUAGCCCAGAAGGGUGAUCCAGGCCCACGGGGUCCUCCAGGAAUCCCAGGCAGGGAGGGACCAAAGGGAAACAAAGGAGAGAGGGGCUACCCUGGGAUACCUGGUGAGAAAGGUGAUGAGGGUCUUCAAGGAAUUCCAGGCCUUCCGGGUGCCCCGGGUCCCACUGGACCCCCUGGCUUGUUGGGAAGAACUGGACAUCCUGGUCCUGUGGGAGCAAAGGGUGACAAGGGCAGUGAGGGACCCCCUGGGAGACCCGGACCACCUGGACCACCUGGUGUACAAUUCAAUGAAGGAAAUGGAAUGAGCAGUUUAUAUAAAAUCCAGGGAGGUGUGAAUGUUCCCAGUUUUCCAGGGCCCCCUGGCCCCCCUGGCCCUAAAGGAGACCCUGGCCCAGUGGGAGAACCUGGUGCAAUGGGGUUGCCAGGACUAGAAGGAUUUCCAGGUGUAAAGGGGGAUCGAGGCCCAGCAGGUCCCCCAGGAAUAGCUGGAAUAUCGGGAAAACCUGGAGCCCCAGGGCCUCCGGGAGUCCCAGGGGAACCGGGUGACAGAGGGCCUGUUGGAGAUAUAGGUUUCCCUGGACCAGAAGGACCCUCUGGAAGGCCAGGAAUAAAUGGAAAAGAUGGAUUACCAGGUACUCAGGGUAUCAUGGGUAAACCUGGAGAUAGAGGCCCCAAAGGAGAACGUGGUGACCAGGGAAUUCCAGGGGACAGAGGGCCACAAGGUGAACAGGGGAAACCAGGCCUUCCAGGCAUGAAGGGAACCAUAGGUCCUGUGGGGCCACCUGGAAGCAAGGGUUCCACGGGAUCCCCCGGGCACCAAGGCCCUCCAGGCCAUCCAGGCGUCCCAGGCACUCCGGCUGAUGCAGUUUCAUUUGAAGAAAUAAAGAAGUAUAUUAAUCAAGAGGUUCUAAGGAUUUUUGAAGGUUAG